AUGGCCAAUCUGUCUAAAGAACAACUCCCCAUACUCUCCCCGUGGGGAAAAGCUGUCGCUGGUGCGGCAGCAGCUAUGAUUGCCAACGCUCUCGUCUAUCCUUUGGAUUUGGCAAAGACCCGUCUCCAGGUGCAAACUAAAUCUACCGACCCAAAUCAUGAAACCUACACCAGCAGCUGGGAUGUCAUUCAGAAAGUCUAUGCCAAAAAGGGCAUUAAAGGUGUUUACGCUGGCCUGAGUGGAACCCUUCUCGGUACCGCCAGCACUAACUUUGCUUAUUUCUAUUGGUACUCACUCGUCCGCGACGCAUACAUUCGCCGUAGCCCCGGCAAGUCUUUGACAACCGCUACCGAACUGCUCCUAGGCGCAGUUGCCGGUGCUCUUGCUCAGCUGUUCACAAUUCCUGUCUCGGUCAUUACUGCCCGCCAGCAGACCUCCGACAAUGACAGCGGCUUUUUCGCUACCGCCAAAGAUGUCAUUGGCCAAGACGGCAUUUCCGGUCUGUGGCGCGGACUCAAAGUCUCUCUUGUCCUUGUUAUCAACCCUAGCAUUACUUACGGCACUUCCUCGCGUGUUCGUUCUCUUCUUUUCAAGGACAAGAUUUCAUUGUCUGUAGGUGAGAACUUUAUUCUGGGCGCCGUGUCCAAGGCGGCUGCUACUAUCGCUACACAACCCAUGAUUGUUGCCAAAAUCAUGCAACAAACUAGUAAAAAGGCCAAGGCCAGCCAAGAAUCCGACGAAAAGGGCGAGUCCGUCCCCGUGUUUGACUCUUUUGUCGACGCUAUCGUCUAUCUGUACAAGACCGAGGGCCUUCUGGGCAUGUUCAAGGGCUUGGGCCCGCAAAUCAGCAAGGGUAUUAUUGUCCAGGGUCUGCUUCUUGCAUUCAAGGACAAGGCCGAGCUCUAUAUGGUUCUCCUCAUGCGUUUGAUCCAAAAGCGCAGCGCCAUUCAACUCGCAGUCGUUUAA